GGGAAGAUGUCUCGGGUUGACGUUAAAAAACCAUCCUUAUGUACCAGUGAACCCUUAAGUCAAGAGACGGUUAGCCGUGCUCUGUCUGCGUUCAGUAAAAUAGUAAAGUCCUGCUAUGGACCUACAGGGAGGCUGAAGCAGCUUCACAACGGUACGGGCGGCUACGUCCAGACAACGUCGCAGUCUUCAGCCUUGCUGAACGGCCUUUCCGUUACGCACCCCCUGUUAAAGCUGCUGACUGCCUCCGUACAGAAUCACAUCUCGCGCUUCAGUGACGGUGGUUUGUUUACAGCCAUUUUGUGCUGCAGCCUCCUUGAAAGAUUUCAGGACUUAAAGGUUGCUUCUUGCAUGUGUGUAAAAAUUAGCCAGCACCUUUUGAGCAGUUGCACGGACUACCUGACUUCUGAAGCGUGUGGUUGUAGAAUACCGGUGGACUUCAACAGUUCUAAGAUUCUUCUUGAUUUGGUCCGUAGCGUAUUAACCAGCAAACGGACUUGCAUGCUCAGCAGGAAGGAAGCUGAUCAUGUCAGUAUAUUGAUACUGAAGGCUUUUUUGCUUACAGUUCCUCAGAAUGUUGGAACUAGUGUUAGGUUAGGAAAAUGUCUCUAUGUACCUAUGAAAGAUAAGAGCGUUAUGGAUUCUCGGGUCUAUGCUGGGCUCCUAAUUGAAACACCGGAAUUCGACCUGACAAGAAUGCUUCCUGCCAAAAGAACGGCUUCGAGCCCAAUCAAAAUGGCCCUUUUCUCUGUGUCUCUGUCCGGAGACUUCUGUAACCCUGGAGAAGGAGCUGUUGUCGUCCACCACGGAGUUUCCCUAGAAGCAGCCGUCUUGGAUCAGUUGCUUGGUUUAGGCCAGCGGAUGGUCAAGGAUGGUGUGGGCCUUGUGAUUUGCCAGAAGGUCGUCCACCCAGCCUUGAAACAAUAUUUGAAAGCGAACCAGGUUGUUGUUAUAGAAAGAGUUGGAGUGGUGAUGAUGGAGCCCCUGAAGGAAAUGACAGGAUCCCAGCCCAUUCCUUCUCUCCAGUGUCUGUCCCGUGCUUGCUACGGAAAUCUGAAGGAUCUGCAGAUUGAAUACUUUGCUUCCAAGCGGUUCUUGCAUCUAAUUCCUGAUGACCCAGCAGUCUGCAGUUUGAUGCUUUGUAGCAGGAAUGAAACUGCAUGGGAUGAACUGAAGCUUGUUUGUCAAGCGGCCGAACACGUUUUGCAGUUAACGGUCAAGGAUCCCUGGGUCUUGUUAGGCGGUGGCUGCACAGAAACUCACCUGUCCUCGUACAUCCGGCACAAGAGUCAUAAAAUGCCAAGUAGCACCCUGGAAAAUUUAGGUUGCUCUCAGACAGAGUUCCAGUUGGUAGCGGACUGUUUCUGCCACUCACUAGAGACUCUCGCGCGCUGUCUAGAGCAUGACGGCGGCGAAAUCCUCACGGAUACAACUUGGGGUCACUUUUGGUCCGUUCCACCAGAUGUUCCUUACAACUCUACCUGGUCAGAUUUUGCUUUGAAGUGUGGGUGUGGCCUUUGUGGCAGCGAUCAAGACCUCAGCUGGAGGGCGCUUCACCGUCCUUCUCGCCCGUUUCCUCCCCAAAGCUGUGUUAGUGAGUCUUCUAUAACCUCUGCUGAUAACCUCGUUCUGGAUUCUUUCGCUGCUAAAUGUAAUGGUUUGCAAGCUGCAGUGGAGACAGCAUGUCUUCUGUUUGGUCUGUCGUAUGUAGUUGAAGAUCAAAAUUAGGUCGUUUGGGUUUUUUUUAUUUAUUCCAGCGGCAUUCUCCAUCUAAAGACUGGGAGGGGACAUUGCCUAUCCUUUCUCCUCGCGCUCCUGUGUUCAUUGCCCAUUGCUGCUGCCAGGAAGAGCCUGCAUGAAGGAAAGCCUCCCCCCUCUCCAAGCACGAAAACAUCUGGUGCUACCUAGCCCUGGUUGCUUGGCAACACACAUUGGGGUGGGGCUGUUCUCUCACAGCGGCUGCAGAAACUUGAAGGGCCAGAAGUUGGAGCAAGCAGACGGGGGACAUUUUAUGCCACUGCUUCCCACUCCCCCAUUCACCACCAUGCGGUCACUGUCUCUUUUUGUGUGCGCUGGCUUUUUAAACUGCAUCUCGGGGAGGGGGGGGGGGCGUUGUUUUUUGGAUUUUUUGGAGACCUAUUUUCAGGCACUAAGUCAACAAAUAAAUACAAGGUACCCAGACUGACGUUGCAAUCCUAUCAAGAGUUGACGGGCUUCAGCAGCAGCAGCAGCUCUGCGUAGGAUUGCACUGUGAAGUUGCGGUAAACUCCUCUUUAGGCUGUCUUGCUGCUGCUAAAAUAAUAGCAGGUUAUCUGAAAGCUUAAAAGACAUCAGCUCUGCAGUCCGGAGCGGAGUUACGCCUUUCUGUGCCCACUGACUUCAGUGAGCUGAGAAGGGUAUAAGCAUGCUUAGGAUUUCUUAUCGAUGCACCAAAAGGAAGUUACAGGGUGAAAAAUGAACCACAGGUUGAAGGCAGCGCAAGACAUGGCUAAUUAGUGUGUUUAUAAAAAGGCAAAUUAAAGCAUUCGAUUGAAACUGUAAACUUGAAUAUUAAUAAUUAGCUCAUUUUAAUUCCGCUAGAAUUGCCACCAAAAAAAAAGGACAAAAUCUUCUCCAGGAAUAAUUCACAAUACAGCUUUUUCUGAAAUCAUUUAUUAGCUGGUUCUACUUUGUUAAUAAAAAUAUGUCCGUUGUGAUGCAAUUUGAUGUUGUCGCCAGUUUCUCCAGUUAAAAGAAUAAAAUCUGGUGUUGAUUUUUGGUAGUGUAACAGUCAGAUCGAGAGAAAAAUUAAUUUAAAACAGGCUUUUCAAAC